GAAGAUCUCUACGUCGUCACGGCCCGCCACGUCCUGUUCCCUGAAAACGAAGGUAAUAAUGCAUACUCCUACGUCGCCGGGCCAAAGAUGGAGGUCAUGGGCAGCAAAGAUUUUAACGACUUCCUCGCGUCCAUCCAGGACCAUAUCAACAUCAUGAACCACACGGUUGGUAUCUUGGAGCGGCGGGCUACGAUGUUAACGGCUAGGGCGGAGGGCGAUGGCCCUACCGCUAAGCAGGCGGCAAGGGAGCUGGAGGUGACUCGACGCCAGCUGCCCAAGACACGAGAGGCGAUUGAGGCGCUCAAGACUUUCUUUGCGAAGAUGAAGACGGAGCGGACGAGCCCGAAGGACCGGAUCAUUGGACACGUCGUCUGGGCACCUCCCGUCAGUGUCCAUGCCGCCCCUCACAGUUAUACGUUGGAUGUUUGCGUCAUCGAGCUCGACAAGAAGUUCUUGAAAAACUUCAGGGGCAACGUGCUCGACUUAGGCCCUGAGAUCGGCCCCGGCAAGUUUAUUAGUUUGAUGUACCCUCUCGUCGAUGCGCCAUCCGAUUUUGAUUAUCCAGUAGACCGUCUCCUCAAUCUCCGAGGCAUUCUCUCCGCAGAGAUUCGCACGCCGAAUAACGAAGACCACAAAGGCGACCCCAUGCGAUACGUUAUAAAACGCGGUCUCACCACGCUCACCACGAUUGGCUGUUUGAAUGGAUUUGAGUCUCAUGUUCGCCGCUACUGCGCCCUAGGCAGCCGCGAUUCGGUGGAAACAGCAGUCUACCCCUAUGAUACCAUCUCCGGUCCGUUCUCUAGGGGCAGGGACUCUGAGUCCAUCAUCGUCGACGCCCUCGGCAAGUUCGUUGCCCUCCUCACCGGUGGCACGGGACCAACCGAUACCUCCGAAAUCACGUUUGGGACGCCAAUGCACUGGCUCUGGGACGUCAUCAAGACUCAGUUCCCCGGUGCCAACCUCUAUUUCGAUGCCGACGACAACUAG